CUAUGUUUUUGUGUACUGGUGAUGAUGAUACAGUACCUACAGGACUCAAUUUCAGCUUUGAAAUGCUGCAUGAUGCCAAUGUGCUCAUGCAUAUAUUUUCUUUUAACACCAAAAAGCAAUCUACAUUUUUUGUUUCUGUAACAGAGACUGACUUACUUUAGUUUUUUACAAAUACCUGUAUCUGUAUACUGUGUGUAUACAAGUUCUGAUCAUUUAUUAGAAUGUCAUCAAAAUGUUGAUUUUGACAAAUUCCAUUCAAAUUCUCUGUGCUCUGUGAACACCCAGCCACUUGCGAUGACCUUUUGUGUCUUGCCUUCGUUGUGCAAGGUGUCAGUGGUUGUCUUGUAGCCUGAGUUAAAUAACAGAUUAGUGCUAAAUGUGGUACCAGGUGUCUUCAAUUUUGAACCUUUUCACAAUAUUCCAAUUUUCUGAGAUACUGAAUUUGGAGUUUUCAUUAAUUGUCAGUUAGAAUCGUCACAAUUAAGAAAAUAAAAAUUUGAAAUAUACUGUAUCAGUCUGAGUAAUGAAUGAAUAAAAUACACAGCACAAGUUUCGCUUUUUGAAUGGAAUUAGUGAAAUAAAUUAACUUUCUGAUGAUAUUCUAUUCAUAUGACCAGCACCUGCACUGUACAUAUAAAAGUCAACACACUGGCACUGGUGAAAGUGAAAGUCACACAGCCAUACCUUAGAAACCUUAGAAUGCAGAACAAGAUUCUGUCUGGUGCCAAAAUAGCAUGUUUACCAUGAAACCUGGUACAGUAAACCGCAACCUAAGCAUACUGUACAUAUUGAUGAUAGGUUUCACUAUCCCCUGCAGGCACUGCACCUCAGAAAUGAAUCUACUCCUUCAAUUGGUGAUCAUCAUUAAAACAUAAAACUUUGCUGCAAUUAUUACACUGUCACAGCAAGACUGAUAAAUCUGGUACAAAGCAAACCUUCUGUUAGCAAUCUGAUUAUUGUGCCAAAAGAAGAAAAAAGUGAAAUACUUGUUUGUGUGGGGUUUGUAAUAAUGGGGAAGUGAGUAAAUAUGCAUUCAGUGGGCCAACACAGCCACCUGUUACUUUCAACCUUUCCCCUUCACAUGAUCAGCAAUAAACUUCUUUCAGUACUUGACAACGGGACUCAAAGCAGCAUUUCUUCUUUGUCUCGCACAUGAACAAUGCUCUCCCAUCUGAUGUUUGUCACACUGCUGGCGUUGUGGAGUUGUCUCUUCGUAUUGACAGUUAACAUUUCAUAUCCAAAAACGCUGCCAUGUGAUGUUAGCGAGAACAGCAACAGAACUGUAGUAGACUGCACCGACAGAAACCUCAAAGAAAUCCCCGUUGGCAUCCCCAAGAACACCAACUAUCUGACUCUCACCAUCAACCACAUUCCUCAAUUAAACUCCUCCUCCUUUGCCGGCCUUGAGAACCUGACUGAGAUUGACAUGAGAUGCAACUGCGUGCCCAUCAAAAUUGGUCCCAAGGAUCGCAUGUGCACAGAAAGCGUGACGAUAAAGGAAAACACCUUCACCAGCCUCAGGAGUCUGCGAGCGCUGUACCUAGAUGGCAAUCAGCUCAACAGUAUACCUAAAGGACUGCCUUCAAAUCUAAUUCUGCUGAGUCUGGAAGUGAAUAAUAUUUUCUACCUGUCUAAAGCAAACCUGUCUGAGAUCAGGAAUGUAGAGAUGCUCUACCUCGGUCAAAACUGCUAUUUUCGUAAUCCCUGUAAUGUGUCCUAUGAUAUAGAGGAUGAUGCAUUUUUACAGCUAAACAAUUUGACAUUGUUAUCGCUUAAAUCUAACAACUUAUCCUUCAUUCCACGUCAACUACCUGGAGGUCUGAAGGAGUUGUAUCUGUACAACAAUAACAUUCAUGAAUUCACUGAUGACGACUUUAAAAAUUUAACUAACCUUGAGAUUUUAGAUAUUAGCGGAAAUUGUCCUCGAUGCUACAAUGCCCCUUUCCCUUGCAAAUCAUGCCUGAAUAAUUCCCCACUAAAUAUCAGCAAUGGGGCUUUUAAAAUGUUGACAAAACUAAAGACACUCCGCCUGCAUAGUAACUCCUUGACAAAUGUAAAAAAUGAGUGGUUUAAAAUGACAACUGAGCUGAGAGUGCUUGACCUCUCAUCAAACUUUUUGGCAAGAGAGAUAGGAGUGGCCAACUUUCCACGAUACUUAAGCAAACUCGAAGAACUAGACCUUUCAUUUAACUAUGAGCUCCAGCGUUAUCCUCAAACACUGACACUCAGCAAAAGUUUCUCUUAUCUUAAAUCCCUGAAAAUACUAAGACUGAAGGGUUUUGUGUUUCAGCAGCUGGAGUCACAGAGUAUAGCCCCUUUAACGUCUCUCACGAAAUUGGAGGUUGUGGAUCUAGGUACAAACUUCAUCAAAAUGACAAAUCUGAGUAUUUUAAUGGAAUUAAAAAGCUUUAAAAUAAUCAGCCUGUCUGACAACAAAAUAUCAUCUCCCUCCGAUGGCCAUAGCAUUGUAGGUUUCUCUGGAGGACAACCAUUCGACUGGUCUCCAAUGUCGGCAGAAAAUGAGUACCAAAAUAAUGAAGUAAGAGAGAUACAUUACUUCAGAUAUGAUGAAUAUGCUCGCAGCUGCAAAAACAAAGACAAAGAACUUGGAGUUAAGACGUCCUUUGUCAAUAAAAAUUGCAGUCAGUUUGGCAAAACCUUAGAUGUGAGCAGAAACAACAUAUUCUUUUUGAAUUCAAGAUUUUUAAACCUUGGUGAGCUGAGAUGUCUCAAUCUGUCAGGGAAUGCAAUGAGCCAAAGCCUAAAUGGGUCCGAAUUUACCUAUCUGACAAACUUACAAUAUCUGGACUUCUCAUCGAAUCGCCUGGACCUGCUCUACUCUACUGCAUUUCAGGAGCUCAAAAGCCUGGUCAUCCUAGAUAUUAGCAACAACAACCAUUAUUUUGAAUCAGAGGGCAUAACUCACAUGUUGAAUUUCACUAGAAAUUUAAACAAACUUAAGGUACUGAAGAUGAACCAUAACAAGAUCUCUACAUCUACCAACACAGAGAUGGAAAGCAAUUCUCUAGAGAGGUUAGAGUUCAGAGAUAACCGCUUAGAUAUGUUGUGGAGAGAUGGGGAUACCAGAUAUGUCAAUUAUUUCAAGAACUUACAUAAUCUGGUUGUCCUUGACAUCUCUUAUAACAAUCUCAACUUCAUUCCAGAAGAAGUGUUCAGCAAUAUGCCCAACAAUCUGUCUGAGCUGUAUAUCAGGAAGAAUAGGUUCAAAUCAUUUAUGUGGGGGAAACUAACCUUUCUACGUUCCCUGACAGUGUUAGAUCUCAGUGGAAACAGUUUAAGUAGUGUUCCAAAAAUACUGUCAAACUGUGCCAAAUCACUCAAGAAGCUCAUUUUACAUAAUAACCAAAUCAUAAAGCUAACACCAGAUUUCCUCAAAGAUUCUCAUAACUUAAAAUAUCUGGAUCUAAGUUUUAACCACAUUAUGCACAUUGAAAAAUCUAGCUUUCCAGAUGAUGUUGUUGAUCAGAUGGACAUGCUACUUCUGCACAACAACAAUUUCCAGUGCACAUGCAAUGCCACUUGGUUGGUCACAUGGCUCAACUCUACCACAGUGACCAUCCCCAGACUGGCCACAGACGUGACCUGUGCUGCUCCAGGGGCACAAAAGGGUCACCCAGUUAUCUCAGUGGACCUGCAAGCCUGCCAGCACCACUACCUGUUAAUCAUACUCUACACUAUUAUGACUUCCCUCUUGCUCAGUUUCAUCACCCUGUCCAUCUCCAGCCAUCUUUUCCUGUGGGAUGUCUGGUACAUUUACCACUUCUGCAGUGCAAAGCUCAAAGGUUACAGCCGCCUGUACUCUCAAAGCUCUACAUAUGAUGCGUUUGUGAUAUAUGACACAGAUGAUCCUGCAGUGUCAGAGUGGGUGAUAAAGGAAAUGUGCGUCCAUCUAGAGAAAUGUGGAGAUCGUCAUCUAAAACUGUGCCUGGAAGAACGGGACUGGAUCCCUGGAUGUCCCCUGAUUGACAAUCUCAGCCAGAGCAUCCACAGAAGCAAGAGAACUGUGUUCAUUCUCACCAACAAAUAUAUUAAAAGCGGCAACUUCAAGAACGCUUUCUACAUUGCACACCAAAGGUUAAUGGAUGAGAAAAAUGAUGUUAUUGUAUUAAUACUCCUGGAAAAAGUGCCUUGCAACUCAAAGUAUCUGAAACUGCGGAAGAAGCUCUAUAAGAGGUCUGUUCUAGAGUGGCCAGCAAACCCUCAAGCCCAGCCAUACUUUUGGUUUAGCUUAAGAAGCGUACUAGCAACCGAAGGCCACAAACAAUACAACAAUCUAUUUAAAGAGACACUUUAAAUA